AUGUCUCACGAGGAAGAUCUCAUCGACUACUCCGACGAGGAGAUCCAGACGACUGAUGCGCCCGCCAACGGCAGCGCAGCUGCCAGCAAGGGCGGCCUCACCGCUGGUGACGCUGCAGGCGACAAGAAGGGCAGCUACGUCGGCAUCCACUCAACCGGUUUCCGCGACUUCUUGCUCAAGGACGAGCUCGUACGAGCAAUCACGGACUGUGGCUUCGAACAUCCUUCCGAGGUCCAGCAAGUUACCAUUCCCCAGGCCAUUCUAGGAAACGAUGUCCUCUGCCAGGCCAAGUCCGGUCUCGGAAAGACUGCCGUCUUCGUUCUCGCAACUCUCCAGCAGAUGGACGAGAAGCCUGAGCCUGGCGUUGCCACUAUCCUGGUCAUGUGCCACACUCGCGAGUUGGCCUACCAGAUCCGCAACGAGUACAACCGUUUCGCCAAGUUCCUGCCAGACGUCAAGGUUGGUGUCUUCUACGGUGGAACUCCCGUCCAGAAGGACAUCGAGCUCCUGAGCAACAAGGACACUCACCCCCACAUCAUUGUCGGUACCCCCGGUCGUAUCAACGCCCUCGUACGCGACAGGCAUCUUCGCCUUGCCAACCUGAAGCACUUCGUCCUCGACGAGUGCGACAAGAUGUUGGACCAGCCCGACAUGCGCAAUGAUGUCCAGGCCAUCUUCCGUGCCACUCCCCAGCACAAGCAGGUCAUGAUGUUCUCGGCCACCCUCAACAAGGACGUCCGCGUUGUCUGCAAGAAGUUCAUGCAGAACCCGCUCGAGAUCUACGUCGAUGACGAGAAGAAGUUGACACUUCACGGUCUCCAGCAAUACUACAUGAAGCUUGACGAGAAGGAGAAGAACCGCAAGCUCAACGACCUUCUCGACAGCUUGGAGUUCAACCAGGUCAUCAUCUUCGUCCGUUCGACUCUUCGCUGCUCUGAGCUCGACAAGCUCCUUCGCGAGUGCAACUUCCCCAGCACUGCUGUCCACUCUGGAAUUAGUCAAGAAGAGCGUAUCAAGCGCUACAAGGAGUUCAAGGAGUUCCAGACCCGUAUCUGUGUCUCCACUGACAUCUUCGGUCGUGGUAUCGAUGUCGAGCGUAUCAACGUCGCCAUCAACUACGACAUGCCCGACAAGGCCGAUGCCUACCUUCAUCGUGUCGGUCGUGCCGGUCGUUUCGGAACCAAGGGUCUCUCCAUCUCGUUCGUGAGCAGCCCCGAUGACGAGGCUGUCCUCAAGUCGAUCGAAGAGCGCUUCCAGGUCGAGCUCCCCGAGUUCCCGGAGAACGGUGUCGACUCCGGCACUUACAUGGACAACUAG